AGAAAAUUGUAGACAGCAGAAAUUAGUAGAAAAUGGAGAGGAAAGAGAAAAGUAACCCAUUCGAUACAGUUAGUGUUUUCUCUCGUAUAUUUUUCUGCUGGAUUUUUCCAAUAAUAAACGAGGGAAGAAAGCGAGUUUUAAAGGAAGAAGACUUAUACAAAUGUUCAAAAUAUCAUAACUCAGAAUAUCUUGGCGAUCUGCUUCAGAAAGAAUGGAACCGGGAAUUGCAGAAGAAGAAUUCGAACAUACUGAAAGCUUUAUUACGUUUUGUUGGUUGGAAAUACUUUAUGAUUAUUCUACUUGUACUCAUUCAGAUGACAGCGUCAAUUGCCGGCCAAGCAUACUUCGUAGCAUUAAUAAUAAAUUAUUUUGAAAACGGAGAGGAAGUGAAUGAAUACAAGUUCUAUGUUACAGUUGCGGGAUUUUUUAUUCUACUUACGAUAUAUUUAAGUAUAUAUAAUAUUAGUGCGUUUAUAACUGAAAUCUAUGCAAUGAAAUUAAAGAUAGCUUUCUGCACUCUUAUAUAUAGAAAGAAAGUUAUCUGCUUAUCACUUUUAUUUACGUGGCCUUUUUUCAUCAUUACUUCGAUAGCCGUGUUGUGGAAAUAUUAUGGAUGGAGUAUUAUAAUUGGAUUCUUAGUCAUAUUUCUCUAUCUUCCUAUACAAAUUGCUUUGAGUAAAGUAUAUUCAAAAUUGAGAUUACAAGCAGCUGUAUUGGGAGACGAAAGAUUGAAUCUGUUGAACGAGAUGAUUGCUGAUAUGAGGUUAAUCAAGAUGUACACCUGGGAAUUGCCAUAUGUCGCAUUAUUAGAAAAAAUCAGAAUGAAAGAAAUGAAAAAAAUUCGAAUGUUUUUAUAUGCAAGCGGAAUAUCGUAUAUAUUGGCGUAUCCUAUAUCAAAAUUAUUCAUUCUUCUCACAUACCUCGCAUUCUUUUUAAAUGGAGGACAAUUAAAUGCCGAAAUUAUAUUCGUCACAAUGACCUUUUCAAUGUAUAUGUAUAGAGAUGUUGUUGGUCUGUUUUCUCAAGCAGUGGGUUAUGUUGCAGAAAUUUUGGUUUCGUUAAAAAGGAUACAGGAUUUUCUCCUGCUCCAAGAAAGAGAAAACAAUGCAGUCAAAUCUACUGAAGAAAAUGAAAAUUCAACCGAAUACAAGAUACGAAUGGAUAGUGUCACAGCUGCAUGGAAAAACGAAUUCGAACCAACAUUAAAUGGGAUAUCAGUAAACAUGCAGCCGAGAGAAUUAUUAAUUGUUAUAGGUCCUGUUGGAUCAGGGAAGGUUUAG